CGUUAACAGGCGAAUGUUUUUUACAUCAGACUGUCUUUUGUCUUUUCUUUGUGAAAAUUAGUAGUACUUUAGUUUAAUUCGAAAUACUAAUUAAAUACACUAAUGUCGGACAACCAGGACAAAGAAGAAACAUUGGCCAGUUUCCAGAUGAUAACUGGAAUAGAGGAUGUUGGCGAAGCCUUCUCCCACCUGGAGGCAUCCAAUUGGGAUCUUGUGGAGGCACUCAGCCGUGUUAUGCCACACGACGAUGAGCCGUUGGCCAAUCCCAUACAUACACCAGAGCCGCCAGCACCGGAUCCAGUGGCAGUCGCAUCGGCGUCAUCAAAUCCAAAUUCCAAUGGCUUUAGGCCUUUCAACUUUGACGAGCUGCCAGGUCCCUCGCAGGGUGCACGCAUGUUUCCAACCUCACAAUUGCUGGCCCAGCUGACGUCGAGCAUCAACUUGGAUCCCUCCAGGCAGAAUAAUAACCAAAACCUCUUAACAUUCAACAUACACUUUAACCAACAGCUCUAUCAAAUUCGCAUGCAGCCAAAUGCAACUAUAGAACAAUUGAAACGCAAGAUCUUUGAUGUGACAAAUGUGCCGCAAUGCCGCCAGGCCCUACGCGGCUGGCCGCCGUCCAAAGCCAGCGAUGCACAAAUACCAGAGACGCAGCUGUGCACUUUAGAUUUGGCGCCCGAAAGCGAGCUGAUACUCGUUGAUCUAACCGAUGAUGGUUUCAUGGAUACCGAACAGGAUGAGGUAACACAGCGUUUGGACAAGGUAUUUAAAAUCCAUAUUGUGGAGGAGGGCGGACCAGAGGCACGCAGGCUUACACUCAAUUUUCCCGGGCGCACAACCAUCCAAGAACUGAAAACGAAUGUUUACUACAUUACCAGUAUACCAGUUAGGCAUCAGGAAUGGUCCGGCUGGCCCAGCGGUUGUGAUAACGAUACCAAUUUGGCGCAAUCGGGCAUCGAGCAAACGCACGAUUUUGUGAUUCGCAACAUUGCGGAUAGAACAUCAAACAAUUCCAAUUUGCUGGCCAACACUGAAGUCGUGACCCUCGACAGCGAGAGCUCAGCGGAUGAGUUUGAGGAUGCCACAGAUUUUAAUAACUCGGAGUACAUAUUCUCUGAUUCGCCGCCCGUACAGCCGCUUAAUAGGCAUUUGAUACCCAAUAACACGAACGACGAGACGAGUGGCUCCACACAAUUUGUGGAUAACUAUAUACAACGUUUUGGUGAGCCACAUCCGGACUUUUAUGUGGGCAGCUUAGAGAGCGCCUUGCGGCUGGCCUGUCACAAGCCUGCCAAGGAGCGCAAAUUGUUGGCCAUCUAUUUGCACCAUGGCGAGAGCAUACUCACAAAUGUAUUCUGUGAUCAUCUCAUGAAGGACGAGGCCAUCAUACAGACAUUCAGAGAGAACUUCGUGCUCUAUGGCUGGGACAUGACGUACGAGAGCAACAAAGACAUGUUCCUCUCCUCGCUGACGGCCUGCAUCAACAGCAACGCCUCGUUAACGGCCAGAAAUAUAAAACUUGACAAGCUACCCGCCAUUAUGCUAGUUGGCAAAAGCCGUCUCAUGGGCCGCCAAACAUGCGAGGUCUUAUCUGUGAUUCAUGGCAACAUUGGUCUGGUUGAUCUGCAGUCGCGUCUGAUUGAGACAACGGUGAUGUAUGAGGAGCAGCUGCAGGGUGAGAUACGUGAGGAGAACGAGCGCGCUGCGCGCGAUCAGGUCAAAGCUGAGCAGGACAUGGCCUACGAGGAGACCCUACAGGCGGACAUGGCCAAAGAGGCAGCGAAACGUCAAAAGGAGGCCGCCCAGGCAGCCGAACGUAAACGCAUUGAAUCCGAGCGGGCCGAAGAAGAUGCUAGACGCGAAUCCAUCAGAUUAGUGGCUAGUCAAGCGUUACCUAUGGAGCCUGCCGAGCAUGAAGCAAACAUUUCCAAAAUACGCGUACGCAAGCCAACUGGCGAUUUUUUGGAGCGUCGAUUUUUCACGCGAGACACACUCCAGGAUUUGUUGAAUUUUGUUACCGCGAGCGGUUUUCUUAUCGAUGAGUACAAGAUUAUUAGCAGUUGGCCGCGACGCGAUCUGACGGCCAUCAAUGCUGGCCAAACGCUGGAAACGCUCAAACUGUAUCCGCAGGAGACGGUCAUAUUGGAGGAGCGAUUUUGAUUUUGAUUAUGAUUAUGAUUAUGAUACUAAUUUCUGAUUCUGUUCGUUUUCUCAGUUUUUAAGCGUUUCGUUUACAUAUUGGGUUUAAGUUCUCUGCAUUAAUAAGUGAAAAAAUUUAGUCUUGUA